AUGAAGUUUUCAGACAAAAACCUUGGAAAAUCUGUACGGUCUUCUCUAACAAUAUCGAUUAUAUCCAUACUUUUACUAUCCUGCUGUGUAUACUUCAUUGGUUUACGAUAUGAGACCAAAAAACUGAAGGCAUUUGUGACCACCAUCGUUCUAGUAUUUAUCUAUCAAAUUUUUGUCGGCGAUAUAAUUUUGUUCUUUUCAAAAGCAACAUACAGUGCCAUUCAACGUAUUUUGGCCUUUACUGAAGAUGUAAAUCCUAUCACAAUUGGAGUUCACCACAGAAAAAAAUAUCUACAACAAAAAAUCUGUGCUUUAAAAUAUGAACUUGAAUUGGGUCCAACGUUUUUCAAACGCAACCAAGCUUUAACUUUUAAGUACAAAGAGAUUUUGGGUGAAUUACUUCUGUAUGGUUGUUAUUUGACAGUUUUACUAAUUCUCGUAAUUGGGACCAGGGAUCCAUUGUUGUAUUACAAUACCCGAACGAUAAAGGAUGUAUUGAGAAAUCCAAAAUUCAGUAAUUCUGCUACCAGUACUAUUUUAACUUCGGAUGAUUUGUAUACAUUUUUAAACGAAACUAUUGUUAAUGGAUUCAUUGAUGGAAGAUCAUAUAAUGGAAAACGCUUUGAUGAAAACGGUUGGACAAAUCUACAAAUAUCUAAAAUCCUUGGUGUUGUAAGACUUAGACAAAUGCGUUACAAAAGUUACAAGGAAAAGUCAAACUUUGAUGAUGUAAUUUAUGAGCCUGGAUGGUUGAGAGACUCAUCACUUCCGUUCAAGGAUAAAUUUUGGCGAAUUUUCAAACCCUGGGAGUAUCAAGAUAAAGCUCAAACUGGAGUUGAUCGUAAAAUCGGAAAAUUGCAUAAUUUACCUGGGGGAGGGUAUGUUACACUUUUCGGUAGAAAUCCACGAAAUUGUCAAAGAGUCUUGACAUUUCUUCAAUCACAAAAAUGGAUUGACAGUCAUACUGCAGUUGUAGUUAUCGAGUUCACUUUAUACAAUGUUGAUGCAGACGUUUUUACUUUGGUUGUGAUAUCCGCCGAACAAACGGGUUUUGAUUCAUUUGUGGUAACAGAUCGGAUUGAAACGCUUAAGUUACUAUUCAAUAUUGAUAACCUAUCCACAAGUGUUUUUCUGACUUUUCUAAUUUAUUUUUUCAUUCUAACAAAAGUCUUGGCUGAUGUUGUUUUGAAAAUGUGGUAUUCGACUUCAAUUAAGGAUUACCUUGCUAUGUCUUGGAACUAUGUUGAUAUAACAAUCGUUGGACUGAAUCUAUUUAUCGGACUUGGCGUAUGGAUUCGUGAAAUUUAUGUUAAGCAACUUUUGCAUCAACUUGAAACUAGUAGAAAAAAUGAAUUCGUUCCAUUUUACAAAGCUGCAGCUAUUGACGAAACAUGCACAGUUUUAGUAGCUUUUUUAGUUGCUUUAACAACUUUAAGAUUGUGGAAAAUUUUGCAGUUUGCAAAAGUUUUUCGAAUAUUAACAAGUACGUUACACCAUGCCAAGGGAGAAUUGGCAUCAACAACAUUUUUUGUUGCAAUCUUUUUGACUGCAGUUGGUCUAGGAUUGUAUAUUAUAAAUGGCAGUAAUUCACCAAGUUUUGUCCAGCUUAUAAAAAGUAUCACAACAUUGUUGUCAUUGUCAUUUGGAUUUGGCACAACAAUUUCGCCAUCGGAAAUGAAUUAUGGUGGCAAUGUUGUAGGAUUUAUUUUCUAUGCAAUGUUAGUGAUUGCUGUGACAAUAUUUCUCUUGAAUAUGUUUAUCACUGUUGUUUGUUUACAUUUUUCCAAAGAAAAGGAAAAAGAUUUUGAAGAAUCUGAAAAUGAGGAAGAUUAUAGUUUUUGGAAUUUUCUUAUUAUGGAAAUUGAAGAAUAUUUUGACAUAAAUUUAUUGAAGAAAUAUAAUGAAUCCAAAAAGAAAUCAAAAGGAACAAAAUUUAAUGCAAUGGAACGUAUGCAGCGAAUGGAGUUAAUAUCACAAAUUUUGGAUACUCAAAUGAAACUUUUAAAAGAAAACUUGAAUCGUGAAACCAAUUUUUCUGAAAUUGAAAUAAUCGUAAGUAGGACUUUGGAGAAAAAAUAA